CUCCGAAGUGUAUUCAAUAUAAAAUGGGGAUUAGAGGCAUAAACCUUUACCAUGUGAAGAGCCACCUCCAGAAAUACAGAUCUAGACUGGCACAGGAGCAGACUGGGAUUGCUAAAAAAGGUAAAAGCACCAAAAUAGCUGGAGUCCCAGUAGGCUCAAGAAAACCUUUGAGCUUGCGACCACGCAAUGGAAAUUGCUCCAAGCCUAAGAAAUCAAAAGGCAAAGCAAAAGCCGGCCCGAAAAAACAAGGCAGCCGUCAAAAGAAAAUGCCGAAUGCAUCUGAGAAGCUUGGUAAUCAGUCAUCUGGAGAUACAAAUAUACCUAGCGGAAGCCUCAGCGGAAGCCUCACCGUGCAAAAUCCCAAUACUGCAGGAACUAGUGCAACUAUAUCCAGCGGAAGCUACUUCAGGCCAAAUGCAACUGUUUCUGGAACCUCUGCAGCUAUAUCUAAUGGAAGCUAUUUGGGGCAAAACUCUACUGGUGCAGCUCUAUCUAGUGGAAGUUAUUUCGGGUCAAACCCGACUGGUUUCGGAACUAGUUCAACUGUACCUAGUGGAAGCUACUUGGGGCAAAACCCCACUAAUGUUGGAAAUAAUGCAAGUAUCGCAAGCCAAAGCUACUUCCACCAGAACCAGAAUAGCAUUGGACCUAAUGCAACUUUUGUCAGUGGAAGCUACUUCGUACCGAACUCCUCUAGUGUUGGAACUAACACAACUGCUGUCAGUGCAAGCUACUUUGUGCAGAACCCGUCUAGCAUCGGAAUAAUGGCGCCAGGGCAAAAUUUCUCUCACGAUCAGGUAAAUGCUAAUAACUCGGUACCCGCUGCUCGUCCUCAAAGUCAAUUUCCUUCAGUUAUGCGUUUGCCGGGUUUAUCUCAGCAAGGUUUUAACGCAACCCCAGCACGAGCAAGGAAUGCGUUGCAGAUAUCAGGCAGUGACAUUGUGCAUCCCUCUUUGAAUGUUGACGACAUCGUUCCAACCAACCAGAAUAACAAUUAUGGUGCCUCCAACUAUGGUAGAGGCGCAGGCCGGGAACUCUAAAUGACGCAACAAAAUCGACCUAUGCAGGUUCGCUUAGGGGUUUACCCCUAAAAAAUCUAUGUUUUCCUUCAGAGUUCAGUAUGUGUGUUGAAUAAAAGAAGACAGUAGACUUUAGUUUCCUUUCCGAAACUUUCAGCAGCGGGUUUUUCGCUGGUUUCUUACUUCUGUCCUGACUUCUA